GACUGGGAUAGACCCGCUACCUUCGACCCCACCUAAGGCCACCUAACCAAAACAGUCCGAGAUUUCGUCCCUUUCAAGCUUCCUGCAAGCUUCCAAAUCUUAUACCAAGCUUUUACUUUCAACUGAUCUGUCCUGGGGUACUUUAGGCCAGUCAGAACGGUCUACCAUGAUGUCGGUCUGUGUUGAAUCGUCUUGGUAACCUGAAUGUUGCAUCAAGACACUUACAACGCAAACUAAUUCAAAAAAGGAAAUUAGCAGUUAGUUGCCAUCUCUCUUGCCAAGAUGUCUCUAGUGCUGGUAACAUUUAUGAGUCGGAACUGCAGGACGCCAUGUUUUCUGUCAUGUUACUGUUGUCAUGGCAACAGGAUCAGCGCGCAUGGACAAAAUAGAGGGUUACCUUCAAAUUCAAGUAGUAGAAGUUCAGCCCUUUGUAGGUCUUUACACAGUGGAAGGCAGUCCACCAAGCUGGCCUUGGGAAGGUACCUGUUCAGAGUGUACCAAAUGCCUUUCUACACCGGGCGCAUGGCCAAGUCUUCCUCGGACGAAACGGGUAGUGUGAAGGGUAAGAAAAUGACGAAGGUGAAAGAAAUGUACGAUUCUGCCUCCAAUAGCGUUCUCAGUGUUACAAGUGACUUGCAGAGAAAGGCACUUGGGCUCAGAGACCAGAUUAACAUGCCAACCAUCAAGUUGCCAGAUGUGAAACUGAAUGACAUAAAGGAUGCUGUGAGAGUAAGUAGGCUGGUCAACAGAAAGUCAGCAGAGUAUUCAAAGCCUCACUCAGACGAGAGUUCACAGAAUGCUGCAAAGGAAAAGACUGAUGUUACCAAGGAUGACAUGAUGACUGUACACUAUAGUGCAGCUGCCACUGUGGAAGAGUUCAUAAAAGUCAGUAAAGAAAUGGAGGGGGACAAACAGCUGGUGAAGGUUGAUGAAGUGUCAGUGAAAACUUUGGAAAGGUCCACGAGGAAGCCGCAGGACAGUAUGAGCAGUGCGAAGAAGGACUUCAUCUCGAAGACGAGCGUGAACGUGAGAACGCGACAGCUGGUGCGGGCGACGCGGCAGGCUGGGUCGGGCAUGGCGCGGUUACUCCGGGUGGAGGAACUCACCAAACAUCUCAUCAGUUUUCCCGAGGCACGGGUCGUAGCAGUCAAGGAGAAUGCGAUUCCUGUGCUGCUGCGUUACCGUGACAACCCGUACCAGCCCCUUGUGGAGGAAGUGAGGGAGACGCUAAGCCUGCUGGGAUAUGAAGACCCUGUGGAGGGCAGAGGAGUCAGGAUCCUGUCCAUCGAUGGGGGAGGAACAAGGGGUGUAGUUGCAGUGGAAACAUUACGGCAGCUGGAGGAGAUGAGUGGGAAGUCUAUCUACCAGAUGUUUGACUACAUCAGCGGGGUCAGCUCUGGGGCGAUACUGGCCAUACUGCUGGGGGUGUACAAGGUGUCGCUUGAUGAGUGUGAGGAGCUCUACCGGAGGUUCAGUGAAGAGAUCUUCAAGCGGAGCACGUACGUCGGCGUUGGCAAACUCUUCCUGUCACACGCCUUCUACGAUACGGCAGCCUGGGAGAAAAUGCUGAAGACAGAGGUUGGAGACAGACUAAUGAUAGAAACUGUCCGGGAUCCAACCUGCCCUAAGAUCUCAGUGGUGUCGACCCUGGCUAACCACCCGUCCCUGCGAGCGUACCUGUUCAGGAACUACAACCUGCCUGCCGGCGCGCCCUCCCACUACCAGGGAGACUGCUGCACACGCAUCUGGCAGGCUGUCAGGGCGUCGUCUGCUGCACCGGGGUACUUCGAGGAGUUCAAACUGGGACAGGGGAUUCACCAGGAUGGAGGAGUGUUAGUGAACAACCCCUGUGCGGUGGCUGUCCAUGAGAGUAAGCUGCUGUGGCCUGACACGCCCCUGCAGUGUGUGAUCUCUGUCGGGAUGGGACGGUACGAACCAGACAACGUCACCAGCUCCUCCAGUCUCAACCUCAGGACCAAACUCACCAAGGUGGUGGAGAGCGCCACCAACACAGAAGAUAUCCACAUGGUCCUCCAUGAUCUCCUGCCUCCCAGCACGUAUUUCCGCUUCAACCCCUACAUGUCGGAGGACCUGGCCAUCGACGAGUACCGGCCGCAGAAGCUGGACCAGCUGCAGAGCGAUGCCCGCGCCUACCUCAGGAAGAACGACUACAAACUCAGGGUGGCGGCUAACGUCCUCACCUCCGAAAAGGGCACACUACAACGGGUGAAGGACGGGGUAAAACUGAAAAUGGACAUGUACAGAGAUUUCUACAGAAGAUGAUAUUGUAUCUUGUGAAAUGUUUUAAAAUAGAGUCAGGUUAUAUGAGUCGGAAUGAUAUGACUGUACUAUUAUGUUGAAAUCCUUCCCAAACCUUUUGGCCCUUGGGCCACACAAUACUGAAAGCACCAAUUUGUACUGUAUUCUAUAAUUUAUUAUUAUUUUGUGACACUACAACAAAGAGCGAGUGAACUGGUCGUAGUGUACAUGUUCAAUGGCAAAGAUAUUCGAAUUUCAUUGUCACAGUAUUGUUUAGUCAUUUUAUUUAACAUCUCAAAUUUUUACAUUUUAUUCUUUUUUUUCAAACACAUUGCCUUGUGAAAUUUUCAGCCACCUCUACAGCCUUUUUUCUGAAAUUCAAUAUUGACCUUAUAGUAUACUCCCUGCCAUAUACUCCCUUCAAUUUGAAGGUUCUUGAUACCAUACAUGUACCAUUU